AUAAAAGUAAAUGUAUGCAUGCAUGUAUGGUAUGCUAAAAUUAGAAAGCGUAAACUAUGGGAUGGUGAGGAGAAUUUGAAGGAGCAAAUGGUUGUCCGAGUUCGUCUCCUUCCUGAAAACCAUUAAGGAUUCUCUCUCUUUUCUUCACGUACGGCUUCUCAUCCCAUCCCCCGUUCCGUUUUCUUCUUUCAUUUGCUCCUCAAAACCACCGAAAGGAGGAUUCGAAUCAAACUGAUCAACUCAAAAGAGCCUGUCAACUCUCCUUGUCGAUCUGCAACUGAGAAAUGGCGAACUCGGCGUCGGGGAUGGCGGUGGACGAUGAGUGCAAGCUCAAGUUUCUGGAGCUAAAGGCGAAAAGAAAUUAUCGGUUCAUAAUAUUCAGGAUCGACGGCCAACAAGUCGUCAUCGAAAAACUCGGUUUCCCCGACCAAACCUACGAUGACUUCGCUCAGUCUCUUCCCGUCAACGAGUGCCGUUACGCCGUCUAUGACUUCGACUUCACCACCAAUGAGAACUGCCAGAAGAGCAAGAUCUUCUUCAUCGCCUGGUCACCGGAUUCGUCGAGGGUGAGGAUGAAGAUGCUGUAUGCAAGCAGCAAGGACAGGUUCAAGAGGGAAUUAGAUGGGAUUCAAGUCGAGUUGCAGGCCACGGAUCCAAGCGAGAUGAGCAUCGACAUCAUCAAAAGCCGAGCUCUCUAAAUCAUCAUCAUCAUCAUCCCUUUCUUACGUAUCGUACGUACCAUGCAUGCAUGGAUAACGCUUGUCUUCGCAUGCAAAGACACACGUCAAUUUCGUUUUCCAUGUUUUGUAAUUUCUUGGAUUCAUUCAUCAUCUUCAUCACCAACCCUUUUUGAUAAAACGUUUUUCUUAUUUC